CCCUGCCCUCUCGCCCAGACUUCGCCAUCCUCUGCCCUCGACCCCGCCGCGCCACCUGGGGUCCCCGAGACCGACGCUAUGAGCUCCCUCAAGCAGUUCAUCCGCAACGUGCGGGCCGCCAAAACCAUCGCGGAUGAGCGAGCCGUCGUCCAGAAGGAAAGCGCUGCAAUUCGUGCCAGCUUCAGGGAGGAGAGCCACAACCCCAAUACUCGCCGAAACAACGUCGCAAAGCUACUUUAUCUCUUUACCCUCGGAGAGCGUACGCAUUUCGGCCAGAUAGAAUGUCUCAAGCUCCUGGCUUCCCCGCGCUUCGCCGACAAGCGAUUAGGCUACCUGGGAACCAUGCUUCUGCUGGACGAGAACCAGGAAGUUUUGACUCUGGUCACCAAUUCUCUGAAGAAUGACUUAAACCAUCCCAACCAAUACAUUGUCGGCCUUGCGCUCUGCACGCUGGGCAACAUUGCCUCAGUCGAGAUGUCGCGAGACUUGUUCCCCGAGAUCGAAACGAUUCUCUCUAGCGCCAAUCCCUACAUCCGUCGCAAGGCCGCUCUUUGCGCCAUGAAGAUAUGCCGGAAGGUGCCCGAUCUGCAGGAACACUUCUUCGAAAAAGCCAAGUUGCUUCUCUCUGACAGAAACCACGGCGUCUUGCUCUGUGGUAUUACGUUGGUGACGAGCAUGUGCGAGGCGGACGAGGCGGAGGGCGAUGAGCUGGGCGUUACGGAAAUGUUCAGGCCGCUGACGCCUUCCUUGGUCAAAAUAUUGAAGAGUCUUGCUAGCUCCGGAUACGCGCCUGAGCAUGAUGUUACUGGCAUUACGGACCCCUUCUUGCAAGUCAAAAUUCUCGGACUGUUACGCGUUUUUGCUCGCGGUGAUCCCCAGACGAGCGAGCAAAUCAACGACAUCUUGGCCCAGGUCGCUACGAACACGGACUCGACCAAGAACGUUGGCAACUCCAUAUUGUACGAAGCUGUCCUUACGAUCCUCGAUAUUGAAGCCGAUUCGGGCUUGCGCGUCCUUGGUGUUAACAUCCUCGGAAAAUUCCUGUCAAACCGUGAUAACAACAUCAGAUACGUCGCGCUUAACACUUUGAUCAAGGUCGUGGCGGUAGAACCAAAUGCUGUGCAGCGGCAUCGCAACACCAUCCUGGAUUGUCUGCGGGACCCGGACAUCAGCAUCAGAAGAAGAGCGCUCGAUCUCAGCUUUACUCUGAUUAACGAGAGUAACGUCCGCGUACUUAUCCGGGAGUUGCUGUCUUUCUUGGAGGUUGCCGACAAUGAGUUCAAGCCUAUCAUGACAACCCAGAUUGGUAUUGCGGCGGAUCGCUUCGCACCUAACAAAAGAUGGCACAUCGACACUAUGCUCAGGGUGCUUAAGCUGGCUGGCAACUACGUAAAGGAACAGAUUCUCUCUUCGUUCGUCCGUCUUGUCGCAAACACUCCUGACCUGCAGACCUACUCGGUCCAAAAACUGUACGCCAGUCUCAAGGAUGACAUUACCCAAGAAGGCCUUACGCUGGCUGGUUCCUGGGCUAUUGGGGAAUACGGUGAUGCUCUUCUGCGUGGCGGACAAUAUGAAGAGGAGGAGCUGGUGAAGGAAGUUAAAGAAAGUGACAUUGUGGAUGUUUUCACGACGAUCCUCAACAGCAAUUACGCAGGUCUCAUCGUGACCGAGUACAUCAUAACGGCCGCGAUGAAAUUGACUACGAGACUUUCCGACCCCGCUCAGCUUGACCGCCUGCGGCGCUUGAUGCUCGCUCAUCAGACUCAUCUUGAUGUAGAGGUUCAACAACGCUCUCUGGAAUACGGAAAUCUCUUUGGCUACGACCAGAUCAGGAGAGGCGUUUUGGAAAAGAUGCCUCCACCAGAAAUCCGGGAGUCGCAGAGAGUGCUAGGAGAGGCAACGAGCAAGAAACGGAACUCCAAGAUCGCAGCCAAAAAGAAGCCCAGUCAAGUUACGGAGCAGGACAUGCUCUUGGACCUCAUGGGUGGCUCGGAUGUCCCAGGACCAGAUAUCAGCAGUACAGUCAACGCGGGCCAAAACAACGCCGAUCUACUCGCAGACAUCCUUGGUGGCGGUGCCUCGGUGUCUUCUCCCCCUCCUCAAACCACUUCUCCUCCACCUGCUGGACAGUCAAACGUCAGCUCCAUCAUGGAUCUCUUCAACACUCCCAGCACUACGCCCCAGCCGCAGGUUGCAAAGACCGCCGCAUCUGCAGAUCUCUUCAGUGGCAUGGCGACACCCCCACCAGUUGCUGCCACGCCGCCACCUAGUGGCGCUCCGGCACAUAUGGCUUACGGCAAGAACGACCUCCAGAUCACCUUCCAAAUCCAGAGGAGUGGCAACACUGCACAAAUUCUGGCACGAUUCCGCAACAACAGCAAUGUCGAACAUAUGAGCAAUGUCAACCUGCAGGCUGCUGUCCCCAAGAGCCAAAAGUUGCAAUUGCAGGCAAUCAGCAACGGGGAACUUGAUGGCGGCCAAGAAGCAACGCAGCAAAUGAGGAUAGCCGCUGUCACUGGGGCUCUACCCGCCAAACUUCGCCUGAGGUUGAAGGUUGGGUACACCAAGGGCGGUGAUGCCGUCAUGGAGCAGGUGGAUUGGUCCGAGCCUACAUAAGCAGCCCAUAGUAAGAUUGGCGGCGGCGGCACUGCAUUCGGACAUGAAGUACGAGAUUUUCCAUACCUCAGCGUGAAUUGACUUUGCCAUGCAGCAUUAGAAGGGCAUUGGCACGAAAGGGUUUUUACAAUUAUCCGCGAGACAGUUGCAACUAAUGAAGAAUAAGCAUAAACCAUGUUUUCUGGACCACAAGUAUCAUCAGCCUACAUCCAAGUGAGAUUAAUGGGAAGGUCGCAUUUAGCCUGUAUGGAGACGGUUCAGCCGCCGGACAAUCCUAACAGUGC